AUGUGCCAGUCAAAACACAGCGACCUGUGCCACUAUUCCCAAGUAGUCAUCUUCGCUGACAUUGUCAAGUGCUCUGGCCAGGGUGGCUGGACGGCAAGUGGCGAGCUGGAUGCCAACGGUGUCCGAGGUCAAGUCGAUCUCGCGUUUCAGAAUGUCGACCGGGUCCUCCAGGAAUGCGGGUUGCGAGGCUGGGAGGAUGUCUACUCUGUUCGCUCUUAUCAUGUCGAUAUGGGGUCAUCGUACGACUCUGUGGCCGAGAGGCUUAAAGCGCGUGUGCCUGCCACCGGCCUAUUGGCCUAUUUGGACUGCUAUUGCCGUUCCUCGGCUGGCCUUUCCGCAAAUGUUGAUUGA